UUUGUGUAGACUGAUUUUAGAACUACAUAAAUUUACUGCAAGGUAAAAAUUAUUGGGAUAGCUCAAUGUUGUCAUGUUUUAUACUUAAAUAUUGUUUUCCUACAUUAAUCUAUUUAAUUUUACAAGGUUUAGAACAUUUAGAUUUAAACUUUGUUUACAUUAAAGCCUUCGACUCAAGUAUGGAAAAAUCUUUUACAAGUUCCACGAAAGAAGAGCGAUCUCCAUUGUUUUGUAUAGUAUUAUCAAUAAAUAAAGUUGCGGAAGGAAUAAUGUACUUGAAACAAGUAUUCUUUCUAAUUUCUCCUCAUUUACGAACAUUUGUGAUUCUGCCUGUUUUACUGCAUUUAUUAUUCGCCACUGUGUUCUUUUUACGAGAAAACGACAUUAUUGAACCCAAUACAACCAACUACGACGAUGACGUAGUUGUGAACAUUACCGAAUUCGGCGUGAUUCGUGGUUCAAUUCAAAGAACGCCUUCGACUGGGAGAGAUUUCCUAAGUUUUACUGGGAUUCCUUAUGGAACAAUCCCAGCAAGAUUUUCCCCAGCAGUGCUGAGAAAAAAUUUGACUUCGGCUAAGGAAGAAUCAGGACAAAGUAUUUUCGAUGCAACGUUGCCGCAAAAGGCAUGUGUUCAACAACCAUUACUGCCAUUUCUUUCAGGAGAUUUCACCGAAGAUUGUCUCACGUUAUCGAUUUAUACGCCAAUGAAAGAUGUCUGGAAAAAUAAUAAAGUUGGUCUACCGGUCAUUGUCUUUGUGCAUGGCGGAUCAUUCUUACGCUGGUCAGGAAAUAUGUUCAGUGGUCAUAGAAUAUUAGACAGGGAUGUCGUAUUCGUAUCAAUUAACUACAGACUAAGCAUUUUUGGUUUUCUAUGUUUGGAGAAUGACGAUGCUCCGGGAAACAUUGGUCUCUACGAUCAAAUCCUGGCCUUAGAAUUUGUCAAAAAGUAUAUUACGCAUUUUGGUGGAGAUAACAAUAGAAUAACGAUUGCUGGACAGAGUGCUGGCGGAGCUGCAGUGACGUAUCUUCUUGAUAGUCCCAUGGCGUCUGGUUUAUUUCAUAGGAUUAUUGCUUCAAGUGGUGACAGUUUUGCGGGAUGGGCGAUUGAACACAAUCCCUUGCGAAAUAGUCUUUCAGCAGCAACUUGGCUUGGAUGUGCAAAUGGAACGCAGCAAAAUCAAGAUUUGCAAAUUGUUCUGAGUUGCAUGAGAGGUCUACCAGCCCAUAAAAUUCUUGAUGCGUUACCAGCAUUCUAUUCUGCCCCCGUGGAGCAACGCUUCCAAUUGGAUAAAGUGCGCAAAAUUACACCUUAUCGAAAAACUGACGGGUUUCGGCUUCACUCGCACGUUCCUCUAAUGGUCGGUAUUAAUCGACACGAAGGAUCUUUCCUGUUAUCAAAAAUUUAUUCAAGCUUCCUCCUUGCGAAAAAUCGGCACAAGGAUUCCCACUAUUUAAAAAAUCAUUUUGUUAGGGAUCUCCUUACAUCGUCACAUUUUGGGUUUCUUGAUUCCCCAAACGGCACAAUUGACGCGUUAGCAAAAAAAUUCCUUGGCCAAAACCAUCAAACGGGAGAUUUUGACGAUAUGGUAACAGGUCUUACAGAGAUUUACACUCGGUUCUAUUUUGCUAAUCCAGCACUUCAAACGGCGAAGGCGCACACGGAAAAUAGCGAUGUCUACUUUUAUUCUUUUGAAUAUGAAGGCAACCAGAGUCUGUAUUCUUAUACGGGAGGUGUAUCUCAAGUGCCUAAAGGAGUAGCUCAUGCAGACGAUCUCAUGUAUUUGUUUCCUUUCGGAGAGUUUUCAACAAAAGAGGAACAGCGCGUCAGUACCAUGAUGGUAAACUAUUGGGUCAAUUUCGCUUCAACUGGGAACCCCAAUAAACGAACGACUCAAGAGCCCUCGGAAAUUGACUCCUGGCCAAAGUUCUGCAAUGAACGACAAACCAUUUUAAAAAUUGGUCAUACUCCAAGAACUGACACUUACAAAGUAAUUUGAUGCAUUCUUCUUAAUUUGUCUCGCUUGGGAGACAAACUAAUAAUUUGUGGACAUCUGUGAUAUUAAAAUUAUUCUAAAUUAAAUAAAAUGUCACAACUCGGAAGUCUACUUUUGGCAAUGAAGCAAAUAAACAGAUAAAUAAAUCAUGAUCAUGAGGACAAUA